AUGUUCAGGAAUACUCAGGAUGUUUCUUCAAGAUCUGCCGAGUAUUAUGGUCGAUAUCUGCUAAAGAAGGCUUCCAAUGCAGUACAGUUGAACUCCGCAAGUUGCCAGGAUGUCUCCAGUUCUGAUGACUUCAAAGAAAGACGAUCUGGACGCACUUGUGGAGUAUCACAUUCCAUAUUUUACAAGACAGACAACUGGGAUUCUGUGAACGACGAAGAGACAAUGGAAAAUGUUUCAACCUUUAAUGAGGUUUCGAGACCGCUGAUACAUCGACCAUUAAACAGACUUGCAAUAUGCCAAUCACCGGAUCGAAUCCGGCUGAAUAGAUCAGCAGAUAUAGUAACGCCAUCAUGCUCAACGAACUUCGGACAUUUUCUUAGGCCUUCGAACUUCGAAUACACAAUUCAGUCGUCAAGCGACAGCCGGAUUCAGCAGACGGCGCAUAGCCCAAGACUGAAGCAAUACCCAUCAACUGACAGGGGCGAGUCAAAUGUCAGUCGACAGGAGGCAACUCCAGAACGAGAGCCCAACAUCUUACGCAUAAAUAGUAGCGUUGACGUAGAAAGCUGCUUUAGUGAAUCAAACGAAAUGAAAUGUCGUUACUGCUUUGGAGGUGCAUUGGGAUGGAUUGUGAAGGAGCCUCUAAUAAGCCCUUGUUGGUGUUCUGGGUCUUUGGCCUAUGUGCAUCGUUCGUGUCUAGAACAAUGGCUGACUACAAGGAAACAAAGCACUUGCGACUUGUGCAAAUAUGAAUUUAUCACCAAAAAGAAAUAUAAAUCAAUAACAAAAAUACAGUUCAGCAGAAUGGAGGGGGAAGACGUGUUCCUAAUUAUUGUCACGAUUCUCGUCUACAUCACUUUCAUUUUCCAGUUUUUGGCGGCUGCUUACAUUGGCUUGAUAUCAGAACACAUUCCGGCCUCGGUUCUAGCUGUUUCUAUGACCGGGCUCGGAUUAGGCCUCUUCUGGUUCCUUAUUGGCUGUAUAGCACUAACGGUUGUGACGUAUACAUCUGAAUAUUGGGUUAGUUGGAGGAGAAUGAACAAGCGAAUUUCCAUAGUUAUGAGUUCUAUAAAUAAAGCAAACAAGAAAAAUGCUAGAGUAGAUACUGAGGAGGAGGAGGAAGCAACUGAUGCACACAAUAGUGAGACAACGCAAAGCUGACGACAUGGAAAGAACUUUAGGCCAGGCGUUAUCAAUACGAAGGACAAUUAUUUUUAUACAGAACUUGGAGAGUUCUCAUCUGUAAAUGAAGCAGUUACACAUAUACAUUAUACUUAUGAUGUCACAUUAAACUGCAUUUAGCACUUAUGGCCAAGUUGUAGAAAAUAUUGAUCAGGUAUCCUUAUAGAACAUGACAUCAAUCCACGUGGUAUCAAAAAAUGUUUUUUGUGGAUGACACAAAUUAUUAGGGGUGUGAAGAGUUGAUGUUUGAAAUUUAGAUUUAUGCAAGCUAUGCAUCGUUUGGAGUAAACUGAAUAUAGACUAAAAAUGAAUUUUGAAGAUUUUGGCGUCAAUGUAAAAACAUCUUUUUUGGCAAUGCCAAUAGCCCAUACAGCGAAUGCAUAGGCAGUCCGCUGAUUUAGCUCCUACCAUGAGCAGGUACACAGCAUAAAGUUGAAAAUAUGCAAGAAGCUUAAACAUUUCCCUUUGAGUCAGCUAAAUUGGCUUUAUCAUCAUCUAGUAGUUACUUUUCAUAGUCACAAUAAAUGAGUUCACGACUCAGCAGAAGUAGGCCAAGGAUACCGUUUUUGGAGAUAUGAUUUAAAAGACGAUCGAAAAGCGAGCUUCUGAAGAAGUCCCGAUGAACCGAAAAAGCCCUUUUUUGAGCCCAAUGCAAAUAGUCAUCAAAAGAGUUGUUAACAUGGGAUAGGAUCUGGGUAGAGGAGAAUAUAUAUAAUUAAAUUAAGCAUUUCUGCUUUCACAAAUUGCAUCCCUAACUCCAGCCAAGAUGUUUGUUUGGAGUGAGCUUACACGUCAAUGUUGGUAUAACCAUGUGAAAUAAAUAUGUAGCUUUAUUAGCAAACAAGAUUAACCCCUGUUCCAGUGGCGUCGCCCCGGGGAGGACUAGGGUGGACAUGCGCACCCCAGUUUUCCCCGAUGUCGAUUAUCUAUUUUCUUGAAAUCUGUUGAAAAACCUUGUGAAGUUCGAUCUCAAUUUUCGUUCUUUCAAAAAACCCAUGUUACGAAGAAUACUGCUUACGAAAGUUCCCUUUACAAAAAUUUCUAAAAAAGUAAAAAAUACUUCAAAGGCGUGGUCGAGAAUUUUUUGCCAACCCCCAGUUUUCUCAGACUGAUGACGCCCCUACCCUGUCCUAAGAAAUUGCAAUGACGUCUGCCGAUGUGGACGAGGUAGCGUUUAGGAAAUAAAUUGUUUCAAGGCAAUUGGAAAUAAAGCUAUAAACAGCAAUCAUGAAAUAGCAGGUAUUUAAUAACUAAAAUUUUAAAAUUACAGCUGUGAUUUAAAAAACAAAGCUAGGGCGAGGCAAUUACUAGCAAUAAUAUUGACCGUGUCAAUCAUUCUAUGAUUAAUGCCAACCUCAUAGCUGCUUUGUGAACUGACGUAAGAUCAUACCUUGCAAGCGAAAUUAAUCUUUGGACAACCUUCUCCUCUUGCCACCAACACCUGCAGAUUAAGAGAAAUCUACCAAUGAGAAAUCAGAGCUUUCACCGCAAAAAUCAAAAGAAAGAUAACUAACUCCACGCAAUCUAACUACCGUCUGCCAGAUGACGUAAUUCAUGCCAGCUGUUACCUCAAAAAGCGAUGGAUAGUAUAAUGAACAGAUAUUUAACCUAUAAUCUAUGCACCCUCGCAGAUAAACAAUGCUACACGCAUAACCAAUUCUGACAUACUGAAUUCGAAAGGCGCAGUAGCGACAAAAAUCAAGGGGCCUGCUUCCUUUUUGUUUGCAAACCUGCUGCCAGAUAUUCUGUGAUCUUCUUGAACCGCUUGGUUGUCAAUUUGUUUUGUAAAGUUAAGGGAGGAGAGGCUGCAUUUAAUGUUGAUUGCUAAUCAAGGAUGAUUCACUCCGCGAUGUUUGCAAACUACAUAGAACAGAAACUCAAGCCAAACAAUGAAAAACAAAAACACAGACAUUUUUUAAAAGAAAUAUAAGACGAAUCAUAUUUAAGGUUUCCUCUGCUUAUGAAAGACUGUGGAUUAUGAUAAUGAUCACCUUU